AUGCUGUUAUGUUUCAUCCCAAACAGCCUGGCCAGGCAGAGGACCCUUGAGGAUGAAGAAGAGCAGCAAAGAGAGCGCCGGAGAAGGCACCGGAGCCUGCUGUCCUCCACAUCGAUGGAUGAAGAGCCUCCUAGCCCUGUGAAAGACACCAGUCCAGCUUCCAGCAGUUCGGAGGUGCUGAAGACGCAAGAAGGGAGACGGAUAAGGUCCCCGAUGGCCAUCUCUGAAAAGCUGAGGCAGGAUAAGGAGCAGCAGGGGCCAGGGGGGGGAGCGAGCCACGUGGAGGCAGGGACGCAGCCACGCAUGGGGCAGGAGAGCAUCCAGGCUGGAGAGCGGGGUCAGGAUGCAGCCAAGGGCAGAGGGGACCCACCAGGAGACCAGCACCCAGAGCCGGCCUCGGAGAGGAAGGCAGUGGUGAGAGGACGUCUCCAGGACAAAGAGGGACAAGGUGUGGGGAUGCCUCGGGGGGAGCAGAGGAAGGAGCAACCAUCCAGGAAUCCCUCAAAGGAGGUAAUGCAGGUGUCUCCCACCCAAGAUGAAGCUGUAGAAAAGUCAGAUACUUCUCCAACUCAUGUCACCUACAGCAGCUCCAUCAGACGAACCAGCCCAAGAACUGUCUCCUUUCGGAUGAUCUCAAGAAAACAGAAAGAAGAAAGCCAAAGCCCUCUCACAAGGAGUGCGAGUCUGAGGAUCCCGGGCAGCAGCACCACCAUUGGGGAGAAGCUGGAAAAGUACACCUCAGCUGUGCAGCGCUCAGAAGUGGUGAAAUCAUCCCUGACUAUUCAGAAGAGCCUCUUGUCCUCGGAGGGGGUGGCCAGCAAGCGCAACUUCUUUGAGGCAAGCGCUCCCAGCAAGGCUGAGCCACUUGCUGUCAGGAAGGACAACCUGAAGAUCCCGGGAUCAGUGACAUCCCGCAUUAAUCUGUGGAUCAGCCGAGCUCAGGAGCCUGCCAAGGAGGAAAAGAGCAAGGACAUCAGGAAAAUAAACAGCCUGCCAAACCGUGAUGUCUGGGUAAAGCAGCCUGGAGACACCCCUGGAGACACCAAGGUAGACAUGGAGCUGCUCUGA